UGCGCACAAAAUAAAGAGGCAAAUAAGAGAAAGCGGCUGGAAGGCGGGACUUCCUUCCGGCUCUCAGCAGGGUUGAGGCUGUUUAUCUCAGUGCGCAGACACACAGUCCAGCCCAGUGCGGGAUCUGAUAUAGCGAAGCUUGCUCUCUUCACAUGAUGAUGCUCCAUGGAGCUUCUCUGCUCCUUCUGUGCGCCCUCCUGCCACCCCUGGUUUCUCCCCACCGCCCAUCAGAGCGUGCCAAACUGCUCCUGGUGUCCUUUGACGGCUUUCGCUGGGACUAUGUGGACCGUGUCCCCACGCCAAACUUCCACCUGCUAAUGCAGGAAGGCGUGACAGUGGAGCAGGUGGAGAAUGUGUACAUCACCAAGACGCUCCCCAACCACUACAGCCUGGUGACAGGCCUCUACGCCGAGACGCACGGCAUCGUGGGUAACGAUAUGUACGACCCGGUCCUCAACCGCUCCUUCUCCAUGGACACGGACAGCAUGUAUGACCCCUUGUGGUGGGAGCAGGCCGUGCCCCUUUGGGUCACCGUUCAAAAAUCUGGAGGACGGAGCGGCGCCGCCAUGUGGCCCGGAUCUGACGUGAAGAUCCAGGAGACGUUCCCAACACGCUACCUUCCGUACAACGUUUCCGUUCCCUUCGAGACGCGUGUGGAACGCAUCAUCCAGUGGUUUUCGGCCCCGGAAGAGGAGGCGGUGGAUUUUGGGGUUCUGUACUGGGAGGAGCCGGACGAAAGUGGACACGAAUUUGGACCGGAGAGUUCCCUCAUGGACGCUGUCAUCGCCGAUGUGGACGAAAAGCUGGGCUUCCUGAGGAACGAAAUGAAGAAGGCGGGGCUUUAUGAGAAGGUCAACCUGAUCGUGACAAGCGAUCACGGCAUGACGCAACUUUUCGCCGACAAGAUCAUAGAACUAGAUGAGUAUGUGAGCCGAGACCUGUACACGUGGGUGGACAAGAGUCCUGUGGUGGGGAUACUGCCCAGGGAAGGGAAGCUGGACGAGGUGUACAACAAGCUGGCGGAUGCUAACCCCUACAUGGCAGUGUACCGAAAGGAGGACAUUCCCCAGCGCCUUCACUACCGCCACAACAUCAGGAUCAUGCCCAUCCUGUUAGAGGCUCAGGAGGGAUGGACCAUCGUGCAGAACAGGAGCACGCCGCUCAUGCGGGGUAACCACGGCUACGACAACACCUUGCGCAGCAUGCAGCCCGUUUUCCUGGCCCGUGGCCCUGCCUUCCGCCAGGAUUACAUCAAGACCUCCAUGCGCUCCGUCGACCUUUACCCUCUCAUGUGCCACAUCCUGUCCAUCCAGCCCGUCCCCAACAACGGCUCCCUGGCGCACGUCCGGGACCUUCUGCAGCCCGAGCCCACGGCGUCCAUGCCCAGCGCCGCCUCCAGGACACAGGAAGCGCGUUCCUACUCCCACGUGGUGGGCUCUCUCCUGGGCGUGGCGCUGGUGCUGGGCUUCCUGGCAAUCUUCGUCCAGCAGGUGACGCUCAAACAGCUGCCCUCGCUGAAGCACAGUAGCAGGGAGAUGUCUCAGCCUUUACUGCAAGAGGACUUGCACCUGUAGCUGCUCGCUGACAUCCAUCUGGAAUCAAGCGAGACCCGCUGGACUGAGGUCCAAUCAAGCGUGGCGUAAACCUUUACAUGAGCUUUUAGUGGCUUUUGCUUUGAUUGUCAAUGUCACCUCAUCAUGUUCCCGGUUAGUUUGUUUCUAAUCAAAGCCGAGAGCACAGACUUAGGUAGCUAAGGACACGUUUACGCGACAAUGUUCCGAAACAUUAAAAAAGUUUUUGGCUGACCAAAACAAAAAUGGCAGGGCACUUUUGCAGUUUGCGAUGCUUCUUAUUUGUUAGAUAUUGCAAGAUGUUUAGUUGUUAAUAGGUCAAAUUCUAAGCCCACUAAAAUCCAUAAAAAGGUAUUUCAAAGACUCUUUAUAAAGGGAUGUCGCCAUCUGCUGGCCUGGUACGUCAAUUACAGUCCAUCUUCUUCCGCUUAUCCGAGGUCGGGACGCGGGGGCAGCAGCCUAAGCAGGGAAGCCCAGACUUUCCUCUCCCCAGGCACUUUGUCCAGCUCUUCCCGGGGGAUCCGGAGGCGUUCCCAGGCAAGCCGGAAGACAUAGUCUUCCCCGUGGCCUCCUACCGAUCGGACAUGCCCUAAACACCUCCCUAGGGAGUCGUUCGGGUGGCAUCCUGACCAGAUGCCCGAACAACCUUAUCUAGCUCCACUCGAUGUGGAGGAGCAGCGGCUUUACUUCGAGCUCCUCCCGGAUGGCAGAGCUUCUCACCCUAUCUCUAAGUGAGAGCCCCGCCACCCGGCGGAGGAAACUCAUUUCGCCGCUUGUACCCGUAAUCUUGUCCUUUCAGUCAUAACCCAAAGCUCAUGACCACAGGUGAGGAUGGAAACUUAAAUUGAGAGCUUUGCCUUCCGGCUCAGCUCCUUCCUCACCACAAUGGAUCGAUACAGCGUCUGCAUUACUGAAGACGCCGCACCGAUCCGCCUGUCGAUCUCACGAUCCACUCUUCCCUCACUCGUGAACAAGACUCCGAGGUACUUGAACUCCUCCACUUGGGGCAGGAUCUCCUCCCCAACCCGGAAAUGGCACUCCACCCUUUUCCGGGCGAGAACCGUGUACUCGGACUUGAAGGUGCUGAUUCUCAUCCCAGUCGCUUCACACUCGCUUGCGAAACGAUCCAGUGAGAGCUGAAGAUCCUGGCCGGAUGAAGCCAUCAGUACCACGUCAUCUGCAAAAAGCAGAGACCUAAUCCUGCAGCCACCAAACCGAAUCCCCUCAACGCCCUGACUGCAAUUCCAGUGUGUUUGGUAAUUAAUUGAUGCCAAACAGGAACAUUGUCCCAUGAACGUAGCCCGAAUUCUCGUACACUAGCUUGAGUAGGAGGGAUUAGCCUCCCGCUUGCAGGGUUUGAUUCUUGAAAGACUCUUAGACAAUUGGUGCAAGAUGGCGUUCAUUUGCACAACCCGUAAAUGGCGUGAGGAAUGACGAGUACUCCAGGGAGACUUUUUCCCUCCUCCUGUGUUCAAGCAGUGGCGGGCAGUCAGACACAAGCAAAUCAAUGCAAAACGGAUUUGUGUCGGGAUCGGUCAGUGGUCACAUGACCGCCUCGGCGGAGCUUCUUGAAUGUCCAUAUAGUUUUGUUUUUUUUCCCCCCAUGUCAACUGUUCUUUUUAUACAACCUUUCGAGAACCAGCGUCCUCUGCAGUGGACAUUUGUGUUUCGCAUAACAGGAACAUUGUAGCUCUGACAAAAUAUAUCAAUGUCCACUGCAGAGAAAGUUGGUCCCGAGGAGGACAUUUCUACAUUGCCCAUUAUUUUUUACACCUCGUCAUGGCCGUCGUCGUUUGUUGGUGAAAAGUGCAGUGACAUCGCUGUUGUCAGUAUUUUCCUAUUUGGUCUGUUUUGUCGUGGCUUUGCUGACUCUUUCAGUGUCAAAACUGUUCCUGCUAUUUGCACUACAUGACCAAUAGGGGGCAGAAGUGAGGUGAUUUUUCAUUAGGUUGUGUAUACUUUGCACUUCAUCUUGUAGUUGUUAAAAAAAAUUGUUUGGUACCUCUUGCCAAAAAAGCUUUCGAAUCAGCGCAGUUGUAGAAGUAAAACAAAACGUGUUUGAAACUGCUGCAACAUUUAGGAUACAUUUGGUUCUAUUCAGACACAUUACCUACAGUACCUAAGCCUCCCAGAAAAUAACACUGUGAUAUAUUAUUUUUAAAUUCCAAACAUUUAUAUGAAUAUUUAGAAUUUGUUUCCUUUCCGGAAAAAAGUGGCUUGCUGACAAAUGAAUGAAUUAAGUAAAAAAAUAAAAAAAGUGAAUUAUUUGUUAAAAGAAUGAAUGUGCAAUCAGUUGCAUUUUAACUUUACCUUAAUUAUCCUAAUUUGGUGUAACUAUGAACUUACUUUUGCCGUGUUACUGAUUAAAACAGCCUUCUGAAAUAAAAGGGACUUUAAAUAAA